AUGGGUAAAGUGGCGAAAGCGUUCGGUCUCGGAGUGAAAGGCAAUCUCAAUGUAGUCCUCGAUCGUUUGCACUACCUUCCAGGCGAUAUGCUGCUGGGGAGCGUUGUGCUCAGCGUUACAGAGCUGCUUGACGUUACUUCACUGGUGCUACGUAUCCGCGGCAAGGAGAUGCUCACAUGGACUGAAGGUAGUGGCCAUGCUGCUGCCUUGUAUCUGAGAGAGCAUUGGCACUUGGACAAAGAGAUCGUCUUAAGUGCCAAACAGCAAUCGUACCAGCCUGGAGAGUACGUGUACCCAAUCUGCUUCCACUUGCCCGCCACACUGUCCAGCACUUUCGACAUUUCGAGUCGCGAUGCUAGCGUCAUGUGUCGCAUUAAUGCCUCACUGGGUUACACGGCAACAGCUGUCAUGACGGUGAAAGCAAAAUUCUCGGCCGACAUGGAAGCUAAAACGUCUUUCGUGGUGCAACACCUGCCAGUUGGCGAACCUGUUCGUUCAUUAAAGAAUUCGGUGACAGGCGACAUUUAUAUGUUGCGUGUGAUGAAAAAAGGAACGUGCUCUGUUUUGGCACAGUUACCUAGUAAUGUCCACAUUGCCGGAGAUAUUUUGCUAGCACAGACCGAGGUUCACAAUGAUACGGCUGGGGACAUGAACAAAUUGUCCAUGAUGCUGUACGAGGACAUUUCAGUUGACUUGGGUACGUUAAACCAAAAGUUGAAAGGGUCCAAGUGCAUCAGUCGUCAGGACUUUCCAGGCGUGAAGGCUGGAAAGACGCAAGAGCAAGUACUAGACUUGCCUUUAGUUACCAAGACGUAUCCCGCUCGGCCGGUGUCUGCGGUCAUUCGGUCGCACUUCUUGACAACCAACUACCGCCUCGUCAUCAAGUGUAAAUUUCGUUUCUGUCGAAGUGUGUCGGUAGACUUCCCGAUAAAAAUACUGCAGAAACUGAUGGUGGGAGCGACGCACGCACCUGCAGCUACCGUAUUACCUGCAAUUGCUGCUACAACUCCAUCGCAGUUGGGUGCUGGUGUUGCAGUGAUGUCUGUGGCCGCUGCACCCAGGAGAGAGUCGGCUAGUGACGGAAGGAGCUCGAGAAAAUUCAUGAACUCGGAGGAGCAGAUGUUCCGCCGUGGAUUACUGAAGUAUUGA